ACGGUCAGAAACAGAAAUGAAGGAUCCGGCCAAGUGGAACCUCGUCCCCGUCUGUGCCCAUGUUCUGUAUUGCCACGCACGUUACAGUAGGAGGGGGGCUGAGAGAGACACGUUACCCCUCUAUUUUUCAUUUUUUCCAUUUCGCCCAUGCGAUUUAUUGGGUUUGGGGUUGUGUCUACUGCCUUGAUUGAUUGGGGUUUGGUGGUGUCUACUGCCUUGAUUGGGUUUGGGUUGUGUCUACUACCUUGAUUGAUUGGGGUUUGGUGGUGUCUACUGCCUUGAUUGUCCUCAUCACGACCUGAGGCCCCACUCCGCGUGACCGCGAACCAAUCACGUCACCGUCCUGUGAUGCGAUGUGUGACACGACCUGAGGCCCCGCCGGCCCAUCUCCGGUCUGGUGCAACUCCCCCUCGCUCCGAUCAACAAUGUUUGGCCGUGGUGCACAGGCCGUGCUUCUGCCUGUACAAGAGAAGCUUUGCUCGGGGGCAGAUGGAGGCCUGGUCUUCGCUUCAGUCCUGCAACGGCACCAGGAGAUCGAGGGCAGCAUCUGCCCGUUGCAGUGUCUCAGUACGCCGUGCAAAAUGAUGAGUGCUCACAGGUGCAGGACGCAGAACGUUGGUUCGUGGAACAUGAGGCCAAGGGGUGCUGCUGCACAUGAUCUCCCAUCUUGUUGUUCUAAAUACCUGUUGUCCUCCUCACCAUCUCACAGACUUGUUGCAGACGGACAGAAUCGACCAGGAAGGGUCCAUGCUUCUUCCGUUCGUCGAUAUGACUGCGAAAUUGGGAAGGGUUGCAGCCAGAAAGCUCUGCAGAAUGACGGGAGAGAAAACAAGGGACACAGGCUCAAAACGAAAUGGAAUUGCCGAAGGGUUACAUCGUUGGCAUCGGCAGCAUCAGCACCCGGGCUAGCAUCAGGUCAGUGCUAUGUCUGCAGUCAUUGCAGAAUGCAGAGCCUUCAGGUUGGCACCAAAAUGGCAGUAGCUGCAAGGGAGCUCACCAGUGUGCGUCGGCCUCCCCAUACCAUGAAAGGACAGGAAGUAGCGGUCAUGUUGUCGGCUGCAGCUGUGGGCAGCAGGUCCACUGGGAGUGUCCUUGUUCGCCGUGGCCGUCCCGGCUCUUCGCAAGCACGGAGUCCAUGCAGUAGGUCAGCUAGUGAGGAUGGUGAUAUUAUAUCACAUUUGGAUAGGGAAGACAGCUCCCAGGAAGGCGAGAGUCCGCUGCUGCUGGGCGUGGCAAUCUCGGAGAAGGAAGGAGAAAUUCAGGUGAUGGGCUGUAGCGAAAACGAGCUGUCAAAUGUCUCAAACGGACCACCACUACCGAUGGGCAAAAUGUUGGCGGACAACGAAAGGUUGGAAACGCCGUCGCCUGAGACAAGCAACCAUGAAGCGGAAGUCUUCCAAGCGCCAAGAGGAGGAGAGGAAGUCGGAGCAGGAACAGAGGGUGAACGACAAGGAACGGAGGAAGGGAAAACAGCGGAUGCCAGUGCGCUACAGCCAGCGGGGAAGAUCGACUACGGCGAGUUGUGGCAUUUGCAUCGUUGGAGUAUACCGUGGAGUGGCGGCUCCACAGCUCUGGGCAUGGUCGGUUGGCUGUUAAGCUUUGUGGUUACGGGAUAUGGAGUGACGUUGGCAGCUAUGAAACUGGGGCUGACUCGAAGUCAGUUGAACAUGGACCCUGACGCCCAGGCGCUCUUCCUGUUGGUUAACCAGUCUGUCCAGACGAUAGUUGGCGUGUUAGCCAUUACCUUGGUGGUCAAACCGUUCGAACCUUUGCCUGAAGACUUGUUCGUGUUUGAUGUGCGGAGGCCGCGUUUCAGACUCAAGGACGGGUGGCUCUUGUGGGCGGGUAUAGGACUUGCAGGUGCAGUUGUCGCUGUCCAAGUCUCGUCCCAGGUUGUGUCAUUCUUUCACGGAGGAGAGAUGCCUCCACGGGAAAAGAACGAGGCCCUCAUGCAGCUCUUGCCAUUGAUUGGUGUGUCGGGCACGACCACCUUCUCCCUCCUCACAGUGACGGGCGCAUGUGCUCCCCUUUUAGAGGAGUUUGUGUUUCGUGGAUUCCUGAUGACGUCGCUGACAAAGUGGCUUCCCACCUCGCUCGCGAUCGUGCUCAGUGCCAGUGCAUUUGCGAUGGCACAUUUCACACCUGCAGAGUUCCCUCAACUGUUCAGCCUCGGAUUGAUUCUUGGCUUCUCGUACGCACGCACCCGGAAUCUACUUACCCCCAUGAUCAUCCACUCUCUCUGGAAUUCAAGUGUCAUCCUGCUUCUCACUCUUCUGCACAUGCAAGGGUACAAUAUUUCUGAGUUCCUCAAUCAGUGAUAGCCUGACAGCUGAACCAUCAAAAGGAGGGCCCACUUCGGACGGCGGCGACGUCAGCACAUUCUGGACACAACGGGUCGAAAGCAUACUGGAGACGAAUUGGAGUUUUCUGCACGACGUCAGCCCAUUCUCGCCACAAUGUGUCAAAAGCAUACUGGCCAUGAAUCGGAGAUUUCCGCACUACAGAUUUUUUCCCCUCCUCCCCAGAAGGAAAGUCCAAACACCUGCUUGGGACAUCCGUUAAAAUUGGAAUGAUACCGAGAAGAUUAGCAUGGCCCCUGCCAAAAAGGGAAAAAAAAAAAAAAAAAAAAAAAAGGAAAGUCCAAAUACCUGCUGUGUGGGGUAUGCCAAGCACCAGGUGUGAGCGAACCUGACAUCGCCUCAGAGCGUCGUCGUACAUCCUGUAUGUGUUGAAGAUGUACUGUCGUCCAAGUGCACUUGGACUUUGUAUAUUGCGCUAUUUGUAAAGUAGCUUUUUUUUCUUUCCUAUAUUUUUUGUGACAAGCAAAGUUCUCGAUUGUCACUUCAUUCUCCAUAUC